AAAAAAAUAUCUGCAGUACCAAAACCUUCAAAAUCCAUCCACAAAAUUUCGGUACCUCAGGAGGGAGUUAGAAAGCUUGUUCUAGGCUAUCUCCAAGAUGCCGUUGGUGUGUUUCGCUUUAUCCUAGAUCCCCGAGCUUCCGGCUGUCGGGAGUAUGAAGUAUGAACCUGCCGUCAUGGGCCCGGCUGUACCACUUGUGAGUUCUGGCCAGCAGCUGCAUGCCUAGGCCCCCAGAGCAUUCUGUCUGGACUGUGACACCAGGUGAGGCUGAGCGACAUGUCCUGGGCGCAGAUCUCAGCCCUGGUGUGCGGCGUCGGUGGUUUCGGUGCUCUGGUCGCCGCCACCACGUCCAAUGAAUGGAAGGUGACCACCAGGGCGUCCUCGGUGAUAACAGCCACCUGGGUCUACCAGGGCUUGUGGAUGAACUGCGCAGGCAACGCCUUGGGCUCCUUCCAGUGCCGGCCGCAUUUUACCAUCUUCAAAGUCGAAGGUUAUAUCCAGGCGUGCAGAGGACUCAUGAUCGCCGCCGUCAGCCUGGGCUUUUUCGGGUCCAUCUUUGCACUCUUUGGAAUGAAGUGUACCAAAGUCGGAGGCUCAGAAAAAGCCAAAGCGAAAAUUGCUUGCUUGGCUGGGAUUGUAUUCAUAUUGUCAGGUCUGUGUUCCAUGACAGGCUGUUCGCUGUAUGCAAACAAAAUCACAACCGAAUUCUUUGAUCCUCUCUAUAUGGAGCAAAAGUAUGAACUAGGAGCUGCCCUCUUCAUCGGCUGGGCAGGAGCCUCUCUCUGCAUCAUUGGCGGUGUCAUAUUUUGCUUUUCAAUAUCUGACAACAACAAGACACCCAGAAUGGGCUACACAUACAAUGGACCCACAUCUGUCAUGUCCUCUCGGACCAAGUAUCAAGGUGGAGAAGGAGACUUUAAAGCCACAAGCCCUUCAAAACAGUUUGAUAAAAAUGCUUACGUCUGAAGAGCCCCUGGCAAGCUGCGCCUUGAGUUUGUUGUGGAAGCAAACUGUCCUCACAACCCUUCCAAGGCUCUCCUGUAACUACCGCUUAAGCUGUUUUUUAAAGUAUCGGUUUGAAGACUGUUGAUUGGAUGAUGUAAAUGUUCUUACAGUUAUAUGCUGAUCCCUUUCUGUUAUGCCUUUCUAUAAGGAAAAUAAACAAGUUAUUUACAA